UAGACCAAAGCAAAGCCAAAAAAAAAAGAAAGAAAAGAAAAGAAAACAAAGGUGGUGCAAACAAACCAAGUGUUGCUGUGUCUUAUUCGAGGAACGUGGCAGGCCAGGGUGGUGCUGAACGUUACCAUACCUGAUGGCUGCAUGCAUCAGGCCGGCCGUUACACACAGCUCCCUGCACUGCACUCCACACCGCCCAUAUAACGAACUCUGCCCACACGCAUCGCUCGCAUUUCAUUUCCUCCCCAAAUCGAUCCAUCGAUCGAUUGCCAUGACGCCGCCGCCGCCACCACCAGCAGAGCCUGAGGCUCCUCCGCCGCCGCCACACCACAAGCACAAGCACAAGCACAAGCAGGAGCAGGAGCGGUGGCUCGCCGAGUUGCGCGCCCAGCGCGGCAUCGCCCUUCCUCUGGUCGGCAUGAACCUCACGUGGUUCGCCAAGCUCGCCGUCACCACCGCAUUCCUGGGCCGCCUCGGCGAGAUGGAGCUCGCCGCCGGCACGCUGGGCUACAGCUUCGCCAACGUCACGGGCUUCGCCGUCCUCAGCGGCCUCUGCGGCGCCAUGGAGCCCAUCUGCGGCCAGGCGCACGGCGCCAGGAACGUCGGCCUCCUGCGCCGGACGCUGCUCAUGGCCACGGUCAUGCUCCUCGCCGCCUCCGUCCCCAUCGCGCUCCUCUGGCUGCGCGUCGACGCCGUCCUCCUGCGCUUCGGCCAGCAGCCCGACAUCGCCGCCACGGCCAGGACCUACGUCCUCUGCCUCCUCCCGGACCUCGCCGUCACCUCCUUCCUCAACCCGCUCAAGGCCUACCUCAGCUCCCAGGAGGUGACGCUCCCCCCGCUCUUCGCCGCCGCCCUCGGCCUCGCCCUCCACAUCCCCCUCACCCUCUGCCUCUCCAGAACGAUGGGCAUCCGGGGCGUCGCCGCCGCAGUCUGCCUCAGCGACCUCGCCGUCGCCGCCAUGAUCGCCGCCUACGUUCUCGCCCACGAGCUCCAAGCAGGCCGCCGUAGGAGCACCACCACCACCACCUGCAGCAGCACGCUGACCUGGCUUGGGCUGCUCCGGCUGGCGCUCCCCUGCUGCCUCAACACAUGCCUCGAGUGGUGGUCCUACGAGAUCCUCGUGCUCCUCACGGGCCGCCUCCCCGACGCGCGCCGCAUGGUCGCCGUCAUCGCCGUCACCCUCAACUUCGACUACCUACUCUUCGCCGGCAUGCUCUCGCUCUCCGUCAGCGCCUCCGUGCGCGUCUCCAACGAGCUGGGCGCCGGGGACGCGACCCUCGCGCGCCGCGCCGCCAGGGUCUCCAUUGCCGGCGGCGCGAUCGCCGGCGUGGCGGGCGGGCUUGUCAUGCUGGCGGCGCGGCGUCCCUGGGCGCGCAUGUACACCCGCAGCCCGGAGGUCCGCGACGGCGUGGCGAGGGCCAUGAAGGUGAUGGCGCUCCUGGAGGUGGUCAACUUCCCGCUGAACGUGUGCGGCGGCAUCGUGCGGGCUACGGCGCGACCGCUGCUCGGCAUGUACGCCGUCGUCGCCGGCUUCUACCUCGUCGCGCUGCCGGUGGGCGUCGCGCUGGGCUUCAAGGCCCGCCUCGGCCUCGAGGGGCUCCUGGCGGGCUUCCUCGUCGGCGCCGCGGCGAGCCUGGCGGUGCUGGUGACGGUGAUCGUGUGCAUGGACUGGGUGGCCGAGGCGGACAAGGCACAGAAGCGGGCCGGCGCCGACGAUCAGGAUACUCAGGAGGACAACAGCAAGGACUGCAACUGCAAUGCCGUCACCACCCCAUGAUGUUGCUUCACAUGUUUCGUCUAGUAGUUAGUUUAUAAUUAUAUAUAGGGGGGAAAACAAUAUAAUGAUGCAUUAAUUCAGCGUAGCACAUUAUUCUCUCUUUUAUGCGAUAA